CAUCAUACCAUACCCACCAGUCUCAGACACCCUGCCCCGCCGGUGCACGGCCAGGGAGGUCGCCGCGCGGCAGCAUCCCCGGUGACACCUGACGCGCCACCGCACCACCGCUCUGGCUGUUGGCAUCCCACCCCGCUGACCCGCACCGCCUCCACCUUCCACGCCCGGGGGCGGCGGACCUCCCACCCGCCCCGAACGCCGAGCACCUGUCCGUUUUUCUUUUAUCUCCCACGCCUUUCCCCUCGAUUCCUUUCCCCACCGCCCCGCGCAGUCGCCAGUCGCCCACCCCGUUCCACACUUCCAUUCCCAACCCCACUAGGCCGCCGCUCCCUCCCAAGGACGUGCGCGGCGGAGCCGAAACGACCCAGCUACGUAUCUAGUGGUGUUGCUUCCACCAAGGUGCUGAAAUGUCCUUUCUAUUCAAAUCCAGCAAUGGUGGUACAACUGAGAAAGGCUUAUCCCUAGAAGAACAGCAAGAAAAAGUAAAUGAACUACGCAAGGAGCUUGGUGAAUCCUCGUCAGCAGCCAUUCAAGAUUUCCUUUCGGAUGCCUCGUUAUCAAGAUUUCUUCGAGCAAGGAACUGGAAUGUGCAGAAAGCUAGUAAGAUGAUGAAAGCAGCUGUGAAGUGGCGGCUUGCGUUCAAGCCGGAAAACAUUUUCUGGGAAGAUAUUGCACAGGAAGCAGAGACUGGAAAGAUAUAUAGAGCAGACUACAAGGACAAGCAUGGGAGAACUGUUCUUGUAUUGAGGCCUGGCUUAGAGAACACUACCUCAGCAACAGGGCAGAUCAAAUAUCUAGUUUACUCUCUGGAGAAAGCUAUUAUGAACCUGACAGAAGAUCAAGAGAAGAUGGUGUGGUUGACAGAUUUCCAGUGCUGGACAUUGGGAAGCACACCACUGAAGGUGACCCGUGAGACUGUCAAUGUCUUGCAAGAAUGUUAUCCUGAGAGGUUGGGACUAGCAAUCCUUUACAAUCCUCCUAGGAUAUUUGAAUCAUUCUGGAAGAUAGUGAAGCCAUUCCUGGACCACGAGACCCGGAAGAAGGUGAAGUUUGUGUACUCCAACGACACGGAGAGCCAGAAGAUAAUGGCAGAGGUCUUUGACAUUGAGGAGCUCGACUCAGCAUUCGGGGGAAAGAACCCAGCUACAUUUGAGUACAACAGCUAUGCAGAGCGAAUGCAGGAGGACGACAAGAAGAUGGGAUCUUUGCACAGCUCAACCGAUAGCUUGCUUGAAUCAGCAGGGAAGGAUACUCAUGGCGCGGCCUCGGACGCCUCGAGUGAGGCCUCCUUCUACAGUGGAACCGACUCUCCGAAACAUGAAGAUGGUGAACACGGCGCCCCAACUCGACAUACAAUUAUCUAACUGGAGCGAUUGUCAGGACCGAUGGCUGCGCCAGUUUACAAGCUGGUUAGAUCACGCUGUCGGGUCUAGGAGGAAUGUAUAUUUGCUGCCCAUGAUAUUAUAGAGAAUAUGGAAAGAGAGUCUGGACCAUCAAUGGCGAUGCACUGCAUGAAUAUCCCAAUAAGAUGGACUCCUUUGAACCAUGUGCUCGGUUACUCGUGGCAGGAGCCACAUAUGUGUUGCACUAGCCGUUCCUCGAUUUUUCUGAAUGUUGCCAAAGAACGUGUCGUGUAUCGACUUAAUAACAAUUAUAAAAGGUCUAGCAGCUAGCCAACCACCGCAAUUUGUCUCGAAUACGAGACAGGUGAUGACCUUUUAGGA